AUGGUUUCGCAAGUUUUCGAGCAAAAGGCCGAGGCCGUCAAGAACCUUUCAACCACUCCCUCCAACGACGAGCUGCUACAACUAUACGGCUUGUACAAGCAAGCCACGAUUGGCGACAACUCCAGCGCCCGUCCUAGUGCUUUGAACUUCAAGGACAAGUACAAGUGGGACUCUUGGGAGAGCAACAAGGGUUUGAGCCAAGAAGAGGCCGAAAAGAAGUACAUCGCUUUGGUCGACGAAUUCGAAGCCAAAUACAACUAG